UGAGGAACAAACAUUGUUGUAGUGAUUAAGCAAAAUGUUGGGUGUUAGUGUUUUGUUGUCGACGCUCUUUAGUUUAAUAGUUGGUUUGGUGAGCAGUGAAAAAGCAGUGAUAUGCUACUAUGGGACCUGGGCCACUUACAGACACAGCUAUGGACAAUAUGACGUGGAAAACAUCAAUCCGUAUCUUUGCACCCACUUGAUAUACACUUUUGCGGGAAUCGAUAAUACCGGGAAAAUCAUUUCAUUGGAUCCCUACUUGGAUUUGUCUGAUGGACGGGACAACUUCAAAAAAUUCAAUGCAUUAAAAAAUAAAAAUCCGAAUCUAAAAACACUUCUCGCCGUUGGGGGAUGGAACGAGGGAUCAGCUAAGUAUUCCAAAAUGGCCGCCAGUACGUCUCGUCGAAAGAACUUCAUUGAUAGUUCUCUCAACAUGAUCACAAGUUACGGUUUCGAUGGUUUGGAUCUUGACUGGGAGUACCCCAAUCGUAGAGACACAGUUUAUGGAACAGCUGAUAUUGACAACUUUACUACUCUGUUACGAGAGAUCAGGGAGGCGUUUGAUAAGAAGGAACUGCUGUUGACUGCUGCCGUGUCUUCAGUUAGGGAAGCUGCUUCACAGUCUUAUAAUGUAACGGCGAUUUCUCAGUACUUAGACAUCAUUCAUAUUAUGACGUAUGAUAUGCACGGUUCUUGGGACCCUGUCACUGGUCACAACUCUCCGCUGUACAAAGGUGAAGGCGAUGAAGGUGCUGUGAAAGAGGAUUUGUACACUAUUGACCAAGCGUUAGCCUAUUGGAUUGGUGCAGGUUGUCCUCCAGAGAAAAUAGCAGUAGGUGUUCCAUUUUACGGUAGAACAUUUACCCUCAGUGAUGCUAAUGUCAAUGGAGUAAGAGCCGCAGCCACUGGAGCCGGUAUAGCAGGACCAUAUACAGCUACUAAUGGAUUCUUAGGAUAUAAUGAGUUCUGCAACCUUCUUCAAACUGAAUCCUGGACACAACGCUACGACCAACUAGCAAAAGUUCCAUACGCUUUCAAAGAUUACGACUGGGUUACUUACGACGAUGCCAACUCCAUCGCCUUGAAAGUCGACUACGCGAAGUCAUUAGGGAUUGACAAGAUCAUGAUUUGGAGUAUCGAGACCGAUGAUUUCCAUGGCCUAUGUGGUGAUGGGAACAAUCCUCUAUUGAAUGCUAUUAAUCUUGCACUGGACAGUUCCUUUACCACCAAUCGCCCAUCAAGUACUUCGUCCCCUGACGCAACUACUUCUAAUUCUGAUUCUUCUGCGGCUGAGACUUCAAGUUCAUCAUCUUUACCCAUUCCUUCACCAGCUUCUUCAGUGACACCAGCUACGAUAUGCCAGGGUCGAUUAUAUGCUCCGAAGGCAGGAGACUGUUCUUCAUUUUACAUCUGCGUGAUAAAGGCUGACGGUAGCUAUGAACCGAAGGAAGUCAAGUGUUCGAAAGGUUUACAUUGGGAUCAGACAAUCUUAGCUUGCAAUUAUCCGAGUGAAGUUAAAUGUAGUGCAUAGGAUUUUGUAUUCUAAUUAAGGACUGAAUAAGGUAUAGUUUAGCAUGCUGGCAUGUUAAUUAAUCCUUUAAACAUAGAUUGUGAAUUCAAUAACUUAAAGCUGUUUUUAUUCUAUUUUUUAUAUAAGAUCAGAAUAUUCAUUAGAAUAGAAAUUGUAACUGCUAUUUUAAUUUAAUAGAUGAUUAAACUGAAUUAUACAUA